CCUUAGACAUUCUUUCGCUUUUACCUCACUCGCUCUCUCGAGCGCGUGCGCUAACUCAUCUCUGAGACUCUCUCUCUCUCGAUCGUGAGCAUCUCUCUUCUCCACUCUGCGAACAAACAAAAAGAAAGAAAGGAAUCGUACGGAUCCAAUCCCUCCAAGUUCCCUAUUUACAAAAUUUAAAGGGAAAAACCAAAACCCAAACGCUAAUUUUCAAUUUUCUUUACCUCUGUUAAAAACCCUAAAAAAUUUCCCUGCUCUCUUUCCCUGUCAAAAACCCUAAUCUUUCCGUAACCCCAACAUAAACCCCAAACCCCCCCCCCCCCCAUUUUUAAGCCUUUAGCUUCCCUGGGUAUUGCUUAAAUUAGUGUUUUCCCCCUCUUUUUGUGUUACAAAUUUGAUCUUUUCUGGGCCCUUUCUCUUCUUUCUUUUUUAUAUGAAUGGCUACUGGGAAAAUUGAAGGUGAAGAAUCAAAGGACAACAAAGUUUAUACCAGAAAAAACCACAACAAACCCAUAAAUCCCACCUUUGUCCCUCAGCAAUCUUCUCAGCAAACUCUAGCCACCACCACCACAACUGAUGAUAACAACUCCUCUCGGAAGCUGUCACUGCAACCCCUCGAUGUCGUGGCAUCUGACGAUUCGUCGAGCCAUAAUCGUUUGCAGCAGGGUGCACAGAAUGUUACCAAUGUGAUUGCAACAGCUGGGUAUGUUAAAUAUGAUAACCUUGUUAAGAUUAACUUGAAUGUUUUGUCCAAGAAUGAAGUUAAAGUUUUGAAGAGGAAGUUAGCUAGUGAACUUGAGCAAGUUAGGGGUUUAGUUAAGACAUUUGAGGCUAAAGAAGGUAGGUUUAGUGGGGGGUAUGCGAAUUCGCGGGUUUCAGGGAAUGACAAUGUUGAUAGAGGUGGCGGAGGUUUAGUUAGAGUGAAUUCUGACGUUGGUUCUGUAGGACUGUCUAGUACAAGGCCUUUUCAUGGAUUAUCUGUUUCUGUGCCAGAGCAUGAUCAUAGUAACCAUGGUGGUGAUGGAAGUGAGUUUGUGGAUAAAGAGAAGAGAACCCCGAAGGCAAAUCAGUAUUGUAAGAAUUCCGAGUUUGUUUUACAGAAGGAGAAAUUGAAGCCUAUGGAGAGUAAUAAGAAGAUGAAACCGAAUGUUGGGAAGACUAAUGGGGGUCAAACGGGAGGUGGGAUUGCAACGGAGAAGUUUUCAAGUCAGUUGUUUAAGAGUUGUAGUAAUUUGUUAGGGAAGUUAAUGAAACAUAAGUUUGGUUGGGUGUUUAAUAAACCGGUGGAUGUAAAGGGACUUGGGUUGCAUGAUUAUUAUUCAAUUGUUAAGCAUCCUAUGGAUUUGGGUACAGUGAAGACUAGGUUGAACAAGAAUUGGUACAAGUCACCUAGGGAGUUUGCAGAGGAUGUGAGACUAACUUUCAGUAAUGCAAUGCUGUAUAACCCAAAAGGACAGGAUGUGCACAUUAUGGCAGAUACGUUGUCAGGGAUAUUUGGAGAACAGUGGGCAGCUAUAGAGUCUGAGUAUAAUCUUAAUAAGAGGUUUGAAAGGAGUCAUGAUUACAGUUUGGCAACCCCAACUUCACAGAGAAUUCCUACGCCGGCUCCAGCUAUAGCUCCAGUACAAGCUCAUGUUCCUCCCGCUCCUGCCCCUGCUCUGCCACUAUCAUCAGAAGCUAGGGCUCUAGAGAGAUCAGAAUCCAUGACAAUGCCCGUUAAUCCCAAGUCAAGAGCUGUUGAAUUGACUCCUACUGGUAGGAUUGCAGUACCAAAGAAACCCAAGCCAAAGGAUCCUGGUAAGAGGGAUAUGACUUAUGAGGAGAAGCAGAGACUCAGUGUAAACCUUCAGAACUUGCCUUCAGAGAAACUUGAUAGCAUUGUCCAGAUUAUUAAGAAGAGGAAUCAAGCACUUUUCCAGCAAGAAGAUGAGAUUGAGGUGGAUAUUGACAGUGUUGAUCCUGAAACGCUUUGGGAACUUGAUAGAUUUGUGACCAACUAUAAGAAGAGUUUGAGCAAAAACAAGAAAAAAGCUGAAGUUGCUCUUCAAGCAAAUGUAGAUGAGCAUAAUAUUCAGGAGACUAAUUUGGAACCACCUGCUGAAGAGGUAUCAAAAGUGGCUGAAACAGCAGUGAAGAGGAUUGUUUCCACAUCACCUCCAAUUCGUGGAGAAAGGCUACAAAAUAACAAGAGUGGAUCAAGUAGUUCAAGCAGUUAUAGCAGUGGCUCUGGAUCCUCAUCAAGUGACUCUGACAGUGAUAGUUCAUCUGGAUAAAGUAACCUGUUUCAACUUGUUUUUUAAUGGACUUAACUGAAAUCAUCAAGUAGCAACCAACAAGAUCAUUACCAAGUAGCAACCAACAACUUUUACAAUGUGAGCUUCUUGUCGAACUGCAUAAUGAAGUCUCUUUUAGUCUAACCUUUUAAUAGGGAUGAUGAAUCGCAUGCAACACUGAAAUUUUUGUAUAACUGAAGUUGUGCAAAGCUGGUUCAUUCAGUUACAUCAUGGGAAUCAUAUCUAAUUGUAAUCUGUCUUUUCGAACCAAAUUGUAAUAUAGUUGCUAAUAUAGUUGUGGCAAUAAGGUUUUCUGUAGGUCAUCGUUCCGUACUUUACUUGCCACUUGUAUCUUUUUUGAGAUGAAAUAUCAACUUCUUUUAAAAAUGUUGAGCCAACAUCAGGUUUAGGGUUUGGUUUAAGAAUAAGAGUAAUUUGUUUGCAAUGACCAGUCGUAUUUUCCCUUAUUUUUCAGAAUAUAUUAUGAGUUUGACAUACAAUUUUAAACAGGAUACGAUGCCAUCAUAUAAAAAAAUUUAAAAAGAUACACAAUUUAAAUAUUUAACAAACAUCUUGAACUUGGUAAAAAUUACCUGUAUUUUUUAUUCACUAAUUGUUAGAUAUAAUUUUGAUACAAGUUAAUACAUCUUUAAAAUAUUGAAAAAAAGAGAAGAAGGUAAAGGAUAGUGAAUAACUUUUCACCAAAAUCAGAUUCUCAAGGUAUAAUCUGUCGUGAACAAAUGUGAUUUCACAAUUUUAUACUCGUAUGAAUGAAACAUUCUACACCUAAAAUGGUAAAAGUUUUAGGCAAACCCUCACCUGUCACAUACCAUUGGAAAUUAUUGUUGGAAAAUUAUGACACGUAAAUGUCACGGGUCGAGACUUAAGCUCCGAACCCGCGCGGCUUCGGGACCCGGGCAUUCACCCUUCCGGUGUCCCGAAUCAGCCUAUCUGCCACGGUUCACACCCUUGUGAGGUAUUGUCCGCUCUGGCCCCCCUUGGCCUCACGGUUUUGUCCUACAAAAG